AUGGCAGCCGUCCUGUACAUCGUUUCUAUUGUAUUUGACGUAAUUCAACCAGACGUAUUGAUCUUCGCCAACUGGCCGCCAGCGCACGGUCUCUCACGCAAGUCUUACCGCAGAACCUUGGAGGGUCAAGCCCAGGUUGCGCUCAAAACUGUUAAGAAUGGGAACACAGGCAAGAUGACAUUAGGGAAGAGUGUGCUCAUCGUUGUCGCCGCCCUCGUGGCUAUGGCUGUCGCCCGCCCUGAAGAUACUCCUGGGUAUGGGUACUCUGCCCCAGCAUCUGGUUCUCCGCCCGCCCAGUACGACUUCAACUACGCUGUCAAAGACGAAUACUCCAGUAACGACUUCGGUCACCAAGAAGACCGCGAUGGUUACGAUACCCGUGGUUCCUACUACGUCCUCCUUCCCGACGGUCGUCUGCAGAAGGUCACCUACUCCGUCAACGGCGACUCCGGCUUCGUGGCCGAAGUCAGUUACGAGGGAGAGGCCAAGUACCCUGCUGAACAGCCUGCUUACAACCCUACUCCUUCGUAUGCCUAA